AUGACAGAGGCCCAGCGAAAACUCUAUCAAACACACUACAUCGAGUAUCGACAACAGAAAUGUGAUUUCACAGUGCCCAGAAGAUAUCAACACCUUGAAUACAAAAGCGGCGGAGCACAAGGAUGGGUUGUCUGUGCCAUCGACACAGUUCUCAAUCGUCGAGUCGCAAUCAAGAAGAUGAGAAAUCCGUUUGUGAUGGAGAUCUCAGCGAAGAGAACUUAUCGAGAGUUUAUCCUACUUGAAGCAUUUAAACACCCAAAUAUCAUUGAAUUGUUGAACGCUUUCUCUCCACAAACCUCGGCAAGCCAGCUGAGCGAAGUCUACUUCGUGAUGGAGCUCGCCGAUUUCAAUCUUGGACAUGUGAUCCGAGACAAACGCCUCCCCCAUCCGCAUCUCUCAUUUCUCGUCUUUCAACUCCUCUGCGCCAUGAAGCACCUCCACAAAUCGGGAAUCAUUCAUAGAGAUCUAAAACCAGAAAACAUUGUUGUAAAUGAGGAUGUGACGCUGAAAAUUCUCGAUUUUGGACUUGCGAGAAGAGCCGCUUUUGACACUCAAAUGAGAAUGACAAAUUAUGUGGUGACUCGGUGGUACCGAGCCCCAGAGGUGAUCCUCGAGAUGGGCUACACCGAUAAAGUCGACGUUUGGUCGAUUGGAUGCAUUUUCGCCGAAGUUUUAACCAGAAAGAUCCUUUUCCCGGGCACUGAUCACCUUGAUCAAUGGAGAAGCAUUGUGAGCAAAAUGGGCUCUCCUCCGCAAUCGUUUGUCGACAAAAUGUCAAGACAUGUUGCUAUGUUUGUUCGAAAUCAGCCGAGAAAAGAAGCGAAAAGCUUUAGAGAGCUCAUUCCGGAUGAGUACUUUCCACGAGAGACUGAGGAUCCAAGGCACAGCUUGACGGCCGACCAUGCGAGAGAUUUGGUGGAGAAAAUGCUGGCGAUCGACCCGGAUGAGCGGAUCUCCGUUGAUCAAGCAUUGAGACAUCCAUAUGUGGCUGGGUGGUUGAAACAACAUGAUGUCAAUCUGCCAAUCACUACUCAUCGAUACGAUGAUAAUAUUGAGACUGAGGAGAGGAGUAUUGCUCAGUGGAGAGUUCUGAUCUUUAACGAACUCGAACGCUACAAGGAAACUCACGAUGUUUAUGGGACUCAAGGAACAGCUGUU